UUUCCAGUCGAGAGAAAAGGCAAAACAAAGCGCUUCAACUCUCAAUUUACAUAUCUGGCCACGUGGGUAGUCCUGGCUCUUAAAGAAAAACACAUACUACCCUCUGAAGUUAGCAUCCCCAAAUACACCAGAAAUAUUUUGAAUAUUCAAAGAUACCACAACUUACUUACAGCUUUUAUAUGUCUGUAUCGUCGCAGGGAGGAAGGUUUUGACAGUGUCUGACUCACGGUCGGAAUCGGACUGGUCGGAAGGCAGGACUUCCGGCCCCGUCCUCAAACCAACAGCGCCACUUCAUCAGCACUCUGUUUGUCUCCAAGCCAAAGUUUUCCUCACUGAUUCAGCUUUUGUGAAACAGAUAUAAUGUCUACUUUGGAUUGGACGCCUUGUAAAGGAUGCUCGUGUCCAAAUCAUCAUUUCCCCCCUCAGAACAUCGUCUCAGAGAAUAUUUCUACCACAACUGUGGAUCUGACUCAUUUAAUACGCUCGAAUGACCAGCCAUUACCAGCUGAAAUUGAUGCUAUACAAGGCAUUAUAUCCCAACACGAGGAGCGCAUCGCGACUACAGAUUUGCGCGUCUCCACCUUUGGUGGUUUUCGCCAAGAGAUGGCCAACCUUGUUUCAAAAAUUGACGAGAUGAUUGCUGCUCUCCUCGAGGAGCGCAAACGAGUUUUGGUGGAGAUGCAGGAGAAGAAGAGUCUUCUUAGCGCCGUUCGACGACUUCCCCCCGAAAUACUGUCACAUAUCUUUCGCGAAACAAUCGAAUUUCCCAUCAAGCUCACGCAGUUAGACCGAGAAGUGUUUUGGUGGAACUUUAACCCUGUUCAAUGCUCACUGUGGGCCAUUGCACUCGUUUCCCGACUUUGGAGGACCGUAGCUCUCGAUUUCCCCGAGCUAUGGUCGUACGUCAACAUAAUGAUCAAAAAAGAAGAUUUUGCAGAGGGGGAAUAUAGUCUCAUUCGGCGUCUCGGUCUUCAGUUGUCCCGUUCCCAACAAUCCUUACUUUCCCUUUGUAUUUGUGAUGACGGCACUGCGCCCCUCAGCUACGAGAAACUCCCCUCUUCCCUCGAAUUACUUCUUUUUUCGGUUUCUGACAGAUUGCGCGAACUAUACCUUGGCAUGGCUGCAGAGGUGUUUUCUGCCAUUCCUCCACUUCAAUUACGACUGCCAUCCCUUGAAAUUCUUUCCGUUCUUUGCACAAAUGCUCUUGAAAUCAGCAACUACGACGAUUUGCAACUGAUCUGCCAUGCACCGAAGCUUCGUGACCUCACGUUCAUAGAUGUCGAGGAUCCAGCAGGUUCCUUUGAAAUGCCGUGGACACAGAUCACUCGUUGCAGCAUCUCUUGUGCGUGUAACAAGAACGACAAUCCAGGACCUGACCCUGUCAGACUCCUGGAAGUCCUCGAAUUGAUGACGAAUUUGACAAGUUACGACUUGGUCUGUGAAGCAUACUCGCUAGAACUUGGAGCUGAGCGGGUUGCAUGCGCAAAGCUUCAAGACUUCGCACUGAUGUCGUGGCCCAGUGAUGAAGCCAUUCCCCAGCUGUUUGACCGACUCCUGCUACCGUCUCUCUCCGUCUUCAGAGCAAAGUGCUCAGUGGGGUCAAGGAGGCCAGACGUUGAAGACGCUUUUAGAUCCAUCCAAAAUGCCAUCAAUGUGUCCCAUAGCCCUCUAACAAUUCUUGAAUUCGAACACGGUCUCAUCGCAGAAGAAGACCUCCUCUCCAUUCUUCGAACCACACCUACCUUAGAGCUGUUGAAGCUCGUCGAUGUCGGUCCCAAUGCUAUCACCGACCAGACUUUAGACGAACUCACGGUUAAACCAUCCUCCCCUCCCAUUGUUCCCCGACUAUCCAGCCUCCACCUCAGUACAAAACCAAGGUUUACAUCACAAACAUUUGUCGCAAUGAUCGGGUCGCGACGGGGGCCCGAGAAUGGUUCGCUCGGAGUUGAGAGCCUGAAGUCUGUUACUAUUUGUUGGUUCACUGAUGAAGACACUCCGGAUGAAAACGAAACGUUGGAAAUCAUUAUGUUUAAUUUGUCUAGUUUGGACAUGCACCGUUUGGAGGGAUUCGAAUUUGUCCUGACCACGCAGAAAAAUCCUCAGCGACAGUGAGACUGAACACAUCCUUGCACGUCUUUGAGUGCUUCUGUCUUACUACUCUUAUUCUUGCAAGCUCCUUUCGCAUUCAAAGUGGGUCGUGGCAUGGAGGCCUCAACGAAAUCCUUCCACUCCUUCUCUGCUUGACGGAACACGCGUUCUGAGGCAAGCGGUAAUGUCAAUGGGAUUAUUUGAUACUGUUAUCGAGAAGACGCGACCAACCGUGAAGCUUGAGCCUAGUACAUUUAGCAAUUAGGAGAUAUGUAGUAAAACCACAGGAUUAGGCGUGCCAUUCAGUCAUUACACUCUGAUUUCUGUAGCUGUACCAAAAAGUCUAGAGUAUUUUGAGAAACCUGACAGGGGGAAAC